GCCUUUAUUUCUCUGCAUGAGCCAUGGAUGACUCAUGCUACGAAAAGGCAGAUUCAGGCGUAUAAAUACCAUUUGCAGACUUUAAGGUUUCAUCAUUCACAGCCAUCUCUUGGGAUCACUGCAACAGAUAAGGCAGAGGCAGAAGAUCAGAAGGAAGAACUUCUCGGCACAGAUUUAAGUAUGGGAAGCCAAAACCAAAUACAGAAACAAGUUCUUGGUAUACCCAUCAGAUCAACAAGAUUGUGCUUACCAGAUCCAACUACCGAAUACCAACUUCAAGCUUCAUCAGGGAAUUCUGCUACAUUCAAACAAAGUAAAGUGCAUUUAGUGCUCAAAAGGAUGAACAAGUUAGGAAAGAAAGCUGAUAGCUUUGCAAAUGGGGUCCGAGAACACGUGAGACUGGGGCCAAAGAUCACUGAAACUGUGAAAGGGAAGUUGAGUUUGGGGGCUAGAAUUCUUCAAGUUGGUGGGGUGGAGAGAAUUUUCAAGCAAUUGUUUAGUGCAAGAGAAGAGGAGAGAUUGUUGAAGGCUUGCCAAUGCUAUUUAUCAACCACGGCAGGUCCCAUAGCAGGCCUCCUUUUCAUCUCCACAGAAAAAGUUGCCUUCUGCAGUGAGAGAUCAAUUAAGAUCUCUUCUCCAAAUGGAGAAUUGCUUAGAGCUCGUUACAAGGUUCUUAUUCCAAUUGGGAAAAUAAAGAGAGUAAACCAGAGUGAAAACAUGAAGAAAUCAUCACAGAAGUACAUGGAGAUAGUUACAGUUGAUGAUUUUGAUUUCUGGUUUAUGGGAUUUUUGAACUAUCAGAGAGCUUUAAAGUGUAUUCAGCAGGCAAUCUCCCAGAGAUAUUAGAUGAUAGACAAGUCACAGUUUCUAGGUGACUUAGAGAUGUUUGUUUGUAUCUCUCCUCUUCUUUCAUCUGAUUUAUUUGCAUGAAAUGAUGAGGAAAUCCAACAAGAGUAAAUGGAAUUGUAAAAAGUUCUUGUUGAUGAAACUGUAUGCUUCUCAUCUUCUGUUAUCUUAAACUUUGGGUCCUAUCUGCAUAUAUGGAAUUUGAUGCUAUUGCUGCUCAAAUUUUCAACUCUUCAUUCUUAAUUAAUUCUUCAAUCCAAA